AUGUCGCUCAACACGUUUGACCCGGAAACCGCCGAAAACAACGAAGACAUCGAGAAACAGUUUGCUGUCAAGGCGGUGCAGCAGAUGGAGACGUACUUCAACCUGCUGCGCUCGAUUCCUGGCUCGAAGCUGAAGCUGACCAAGUACGACGACGAGAUUGUCCAGGAAGUGCUGAAGGACUUCCCGGAGUUUGCCUUCCCAGAGCGCGUGGCUGUGAUCAACGAGGAGGAGAUGAAAUCCGCUGCGGGAAAGGCCCGUUGGAGAGAUUUCUUGAAGAAGUUUGAGAAAAAGGUGGCAGACUACAACUUUGGCACACUGCUCCGCACAGACGCCUCCAAGGAGAUUCGUAAUAUAUUAAGGAUACACUUAGUUCAUCUUCUUGAUCAACUCGUUGAUGUAUUGCUCUCUGUUACCAGUAGAACCACCUUGGAUAAAGUGUUGGAACUUUCUUCUAACACCCCAGCCGCCAGAUGGGUUGGAGAGCUUGAAUGGCCACAAGAAGUUGUUGGCUUGCUUGAAGUUUGGACCAACGGUGUAGAUCUCGUGGAUCAAGUCCUCGAUGGAAGCAAUACCGUACUUUCCGAGGGAAGCCUCGAUGAUGGAGUUCUCGGAAAGAGCGAUUCUUUGCUUGUUGACCUUACCGUAACCUCUCUUGUAGAUGAGCUGUCUGAUGGUGGAGAGCGAAGGGUAACCGUAAGCAACGUAUGGCUCGACCAACUUGAUGAGCUCGGCGGUGGCCUUGGUGACCUUGACGAAGACACCAGCGUUGAUCUGGGUCAAUCUGAGCAAUUGCAAAACCUUUCUUGGCUUUGGAGCAAUCUUGUUGAUACCCUUGAUUCUGACAACAAAGACAAGCUUUGGCUCGGCGUCAACGUAGUAAGAGCCGGAAGCCUUGGCCUCUCUCUUAGCAGCAAUCAAAGCCUUCUCAGCGUCAGCGUACUCCUUGGUGUAAGCCUCGGUUCUCUUGAAGAUAGCGGCUCUCUUUUCCUUGUUGGCCUACAUGAACAGGUGUCAGCUGUAUCCAUUAGGAUUACAGUGCGUUUGACAGUGAGACAAGACGAUUAUAACCAUGCUACCGACGCAAAGUACUCGCAGCUCCGCGACCAGGCCGACAAGGCUUAUCAGCAGAAGCAGCAUUUCUCCAGCGAGUCGCAGAAAGCGUACAAACAGGGCAAUGGUGCCGAGGCCAAGAAGUACUCUGAGCAAGCGGCCCAGUACGCUGCCGAGGCCGAGCGGUACAACCAGCAGGCAGCAGAGUACGUUUUCAAGGAGAACAACCUCGACUCCGACAACAACGACAUCGACUUGCACGGACUGUAUGUGAGAGAGGCCGAGUACAUUUUGAAACAGCGUAUCAUCAACGGUAUCAACCGCAGAGAGCACCAUUUGGAGUGUAUUGUUGGCAAAGGGUUGCACUCCAAGAACGGAGUGGCCAAGUUGAAGCCUGCGGUCGAGCAGCUUUGUAACGAGGCCCGGCUCACCAACUACAUCAACCCGAAAAACACGGGAGUUUUGAUCAUCGAGCUGGCGGGAGCACAGAUCCCUGCUUCCUGGGGAAACGUCAAUCCAAACGGCAUUGGAGCCAUGGUGGAGCACCAGAACGUUCCGGACGACGACCACGUCAAGCUCAGACCUCCGCAGAACGGCCAGGCCAACGUCCAGCAGGGUGGCUAUCAACAGGGUGGCUAUCAACAAGGUGGCUACCAACAACAGCCCCAAUACCAGCAACAGCCUCAAUACCAACAGCAAUCGCAACAGGGUAACCAACAGACGUUGUUCGAACAACUCAACACGCCCCAGAACCAAAAGAUGGCCAUGUCGUUCAUCAGAGCGCUGUGCUCGUGUAUUAAUAAAUAG